AGACAAAAUUCCCAUGACUAAAAUGCAAGAAACACGAAAGCAAGAACUGGAAGAAACAACCAAUCUACAGAGCAAGCCAGCACACCGUUUUCUUAUACGGUUCGCCCCGAAAUUAGGCUCCUCUACUGCUUCCUAGCCGCCGGAUUAAUCUUUCCCUCCACUGAGAUUGGUUUGAAGAACAGCCCAAUUGGGGGGGUUCAUUAGAAGUAACUCGAUUUUAUUAUACGUGUUCUUGGAUCGGCAAGGCGAUUAGGCGAGUUGGUUGGUUGGUUUUCUGCAGGCGAGAAGUGCUUAGAGCAGCAGGGUCAGGCUUAUAGUGAGAUAUGAUGAAGCUAAAUAGUAGAAGACUGCAGUUCUAUAGGGACUAUCAGCCUACAGCUAAGAAGAUGCAGAAAGAAGAUGUUAGGCCUCAUCGACCAGUUGAUCUCAGAAAAAGUAGAUGGGUUCUUGGUGACAUAGCGGAGGUUUUGGAUCGUAACUCAUGGAGGCUUGGGAAGAUUGCAGAGGUACUGAAGAAUGACUAUGUCGUCAUCAAGCUAAUGGGUUGCAUCCAACUGAGGGAAUUCCACAUAUCUUGCUUGAGGGUUCCACAUGCUUAUCAUAGCAAACAGUUGACUGUAAAAGACAGGGUCUCAGAGCUGAUUAAGCCAAGCCGACUUGCUAAUCGCUCCAUUCAUCACUCGAAAUUUGUGAUGGAACAGGAUCAUCAAGCCCGUGAAGAGGAUGGUCACAAUACUAAAAGGCACAGGGCAGCCAAUCUUUUUCCUUCAACUAGUGCUAGAAUUGUGAAGAGAAAACUAGAAGGAAGUAGUAUGGCACCUAAUGAUUUAGUUAGAAGAACAAACAAGAAAAGGAAAGUAGCUACAUAUGAAGCUCAUCAGCCAACCAAGAAAGUCUUGCCUCUGAAGGUAUCUGCUAGGAAUGACAUCGAUGGCGAUCACUUGUAUAGAUCUUUUAGUGACAGACACAAUGGUCUUGCCAAGAAUAAGUUUACUAAGACAAAAUCAGAUCAUGAAGUUCUUCAUUCGUCUCAAAUACCUUUGCAUGUCAGAGAAGAGAAUGAGUGCUCGGUGGCUAGUUGUAGCGCGGAUUGCUUGGAGUACUCUAUCAAUGAUGACCAGCAAUCAGUUGGACUAGGCAGUUGCUUUCCUGAUGAUGCUAUGUCUGCAUGUCUGACUAGAUCUUGGCGGGAGAAUAACAAUGUGCAUGGCUCUGAUUUAGAUAUGAAUGUGCAUGAUCUGGAGCUACAAGCAUACCAGUUGACAGUUAGAGCUUUCUAUGUCUCGGGACCUCUGACAUGGGAGCAAGAGUCGCUCCUGACAAACCUGCGCCUGUCGCUUAACAUCUCAAAUGAGGAGCACUUGCUUCAGUUGAGGCGACUCUUAUCUUCUUGAUUUCUUUGAUCUUCUCCAAUGCCAGUUUAGUUGAGGACGUGAGUCUGUGCAUCUGCUGGAACUGCAAAACUAAUGCGCUCUUCGCUUAUCUGUAUACAUCUUGUAGAGAUCUCUACAGCUAGUAGCGCCUUUUUCUACCUCAAUGGUGUUGUAUAUAUGAAAGUGUUCGAAGAAAUUUACCUAUAGUUGCUGUACUUCACAUUUUCACCAAACCUGGGAAUUUCUGUUUAAUAGUUUUACUUUUCAGGAACAUAUGAGUUAUCUAGAAUUUGUUCUAAUUGAAUUUUGAGUUAGCUACUUUAAUGUU